AGAUGUAGACACCAACAGCAGGGCCCAGUAGACAAAGUCAGGAUGUGACAUCACCAACAGGAAGAGAAGCCAAACAACUUUUUCUCUCUUUACUGUGUUGUCUCUGCUGCCGAGUGAAGUUGGAGCCUCUCGGUCUGUUAGUGGCCGGCAGGGAGGGAGAAGAUCCAGAGGAGGCGAGAGGGGGGCAGAGCAGCUGGAGCUAACCUCCACAGGGAGUUUAAAGUCAAGAGUUCCGACGCCCAAAUCCUCCCUGAACUUCCCACGACUUUCCACCCUGUCCCAGACCCUCCGCUGUAGGAUUUCAGCCAGGGACGUCCCGCCAUCUGAAAACAAGAGCUCCCUGCAAUCUUUGCACAACAGACGCUGACCCCUGCGUGGCCUGAUUUCAGAGCUGAAACCAGCCUGGUUCCCUCUCUCAGGAAGGUCACACGCUAUCAUACUCAAAACUAAUUAUUAUUCUGGAGAGCUCAUUCUCCCCUUAUCUCAGGGGAAACGACCAAGUCAAUGGCGUUGUGUCUUGGACAAGUGUUCAGCAAAGACAGAACAUUCAGGCCAAGGAAACGCUUUGAGCCAGGCACCCAGCGAUUUGAACUCUAUAAGAAGGCCCAGGCCUCGCUCAAGUCCGGCUUGGACCUGAGGAAAGUGGUUCAGCUACCAGAGGGAGAGAAUAUCAAUGACUGGAUUGCUGUUCAUGUGGUGGAUUUCUUUAACAGGAUCAACCUGAUCUAUGGCACGGUGAGCGAGUACUGCACCGAGCGCACGUGUCCCAUCAUGUCCGGGGGGCUGAGGUACGAGUACAGGUGGCAGGACGGUGACGACUACAAGAAACCCACCAAGCUGCCAGCUCUCAAGUACAUGAACCUGCUGAUGGACUGGAUAGAGUCGCUCAUCAAUAAUGAGGACAUCUUCCCCACCAGAAUAGGUGUACCUUUCCCCAAAAACUUCCAGCAAGUGUGCAAGAAGAUCCUGAGCCGUCUCUUCAGAGUCUUCGUGCAUGUUUACAUCCAUCACUUUGACAGCAUCUGCAGUAUGGGUGCAGAGGCCCACAUCAAUACCUGCUACAAGCACUACUACUACUUCAUCUCAGAGUUCAACCUCAUUGAUCACUCUGAACUGGAGCCCCUGAAAGAGAUGACGGAGAAGAUAUGCAAUUAAACAAAACCACAUGGACAAAGGAGUUUACAUUUUGAAGUUACCUGAGCCCCGUGAGAAAACACCAGCUUCAAAACACUCAAAACAAAGAACAAUUUUACAUAAAGUUGCAUGAGUGGUUUUCUAAGCAUAACUGGGAAGGUCCAAUUACGUACCACACUUCUUCAGGUGGUGGCGCUGUACCUUCACACAUGUUUUUACUUAAAGUCAUUAUGGUGCUGUGAUGCCAUCAUUAUAGGACUUUGUAUUGCUUUAUAAUAAUACAUCUCCUGUACUUAUCCUUUUUCUUUACUCCUGCAUGUAUGUCUGACCUUUAUAUAUGUUUUGAUAUCCAGUGUUGAGUCUUAUUUUGAUGAAUGAAAGUUUGUAUUUUA